AUGCGUCGCCUGGUGCUCCGCAGCAGCCUGCUGGCCGUCGGGGCAGGCGCGGGGUAUGCCCUGACCGGGUCAUCCCUGGCCGAUGCCAAGGGCGUGGCGCCCAAGCUGGCCGAUCGGGUGCCCAGUCGUGAGGAGCGGCUGGCCAGCCUCGCCAAGGGCACCGCCGAGAACCCUUUUGAUGUCCUGAUCAUUGGCGGGGGCGCCACCGGCACCGGCUGCGCCCUGGAUGCCGUCACCCGAGGCCUGACCACCGCCCUGGUGGAAAGGGAGGAUUUCGCAGCUGGGACCAGCUCCCGGUCCACCAAGCUGGUGCACGGCGGUGUGCGCUACUUGGAGAAGGCCGUGAAGCAGUUUGAUUAUGGCCAGUACAAGUUGGUGCACGAAGCUCUGCAUGAGCGCAAGACCUUCCUGAGCAAUGCGCCGCACCUGUCCCACGAGCUGCCCAUCAUGACCCCCUGCUACUCCUGGUGGGAGGUGCCCUACUACUGGGCGGGGAUGAAGCUGUACGAUGCGGUGGCGGGGGGCAAGGCCCUGUCCUGGUCCUACUACCUGGGCCCGACCAAGUCGCGCGCCCAGUUCCCCACCAUGGCCGGCGACCGCCCCGACGGCAAGACGCUCAAGGGCACCAUCGUGUACUACGACGGCCAGUUCAACGACGCGCGGCUGGCGGUGAGCCUGGCGGUGACCGCCGCGCUGGCGGGAGCCACCGUGGUCAACCACGCGGAGGCCACCUCGCUGAUCAAGGCGCCCGACGGCCGCGUGACGGGGGCGGUGGUGACCGACGGGCUGACGGGGCGCGCGACGCGCGUGCACGCGCGCACCGUCAUCAACGCGACCGGCCCCUUUGCCGACGGGCUGCGGCGCCUGAGCGACCCGGGCACCACGCCCAUGAUCAUGCCCUCCGCCGGCGUGCACGUGACGCUGCCCGACUACUACUCCCCCGAGAACGUGGGCCUGAUUGUGCCCAAGACCAAGGACGGACGCGUGGUGUUCAUGCUGCCCUGGCUGGGGCACACCAUCGCGGGCACCACCGACGCCGACUGCGCGGUGACCAUGCGCCCCCAGGCGCGCGAGGAGGAGGUGCAGUUCAUCCUGGACGCCAUCGCCGACUACCUGACGGUGAAGGUGCGCCGCUCCGACGUCAUGUCGGCCUGGGCCGGCAUCCGGCCGCUGGCACUGGACCCCAACGCGGCCGACACCGCGUCGGCCUCCCGCGACCACAUCGUGACGGUGGACCCCGACGGCAUCAUCACGGUGACGGGCGGGAAGUGGACCACCUACCGCCUCAUGGCCCAGGACGCCAUCGACCGCGUGCUGCGCGAGCGCGGCGCGGCCGCGGGGCCCUGCGUCACCGCCGCGCUGCCCCUGGUGGGCGGCGCCGGGUUCUACCCCGGGCUGUUCACUGAGGUGGCGCAGACCUACAAGGUGCCGCACCGCCCGGGCGCCAUCGACACCAAGAUCGCCAAGUACCUGGUGGAGUCCUACGGCGACCGCGCGCACGAGGUCACGCGCAUCGCCGAGGAGCGGCGGCUCGGCCGGCGCCUGGUCCAGGGCCACCCCACGCUGGAGGCGGAGGUGGUCUACGCCGUGCACAACGAGUUCUGCGAGACGCCCGAGGACUUUGUCGCGCGCCGCACGCGCUUCGCCUUCCUGGACAAGCGCGCCUGCGAGCAGGCCCUGCCCAGGGUGGUGGAGCUGAUGGCGAAGGAGAAGGGCUGGGGCAGGUGGAAGGCCGCCGCCGAGCUCAAGCGCGCCCUGGAGUUUAUUAAGACCUUUGACUCCCCGGACCACCCCGCCUUCGUGCCCACUGCUUGA